UCUUCACGACGUUGGCGACAAUGCAUACAGCAUGUGUGUAUGUGCUGUUGGCCGCCACCGUUUCGCUCGGGCUUCAAGCCCCGCCACGAACGCCUCUCGGAACCCGCUCACCCUUCGGGCUUCGAUCUCCUUCACCCGUCGCAGCCUCUCCACCUCUCGCACGGCGUGGCGUGCUGGUGCUGCCCGCGCUGUCGGUGCUCGCGGCCACCACGCCGCCGCCGCCGCCGGCGUCUGCGGCGGCGGCUCCGGUCGUCAGCGAAGAGCUGAGGCUGCUCAUCGUCAAGGCCAAGGCGCUCAAGGGCGGCGUGCGGGCCGGCGCCGCCAGCCGGCGCAAGCUUCCGCUCGACCCGACGCCCGGCGUGAACAACUACGCCAGCCUCACCGACAGGGUGCGGCGCGAGCAAGCGUCGGUGCUGCUCCCGUUGCAGGCGGCGAUGGCGGCGGCGGCCGCGGCGGCGGGCGGCUCGGGGCGGCUGCCGGACGAUAUGCAAAAGCAGCUUGCGCAGCAGCCUGAGCUCUUGAAGGGCCACCUUUCGGAGCUCGACUAUUACCUGGCUAAGGCCAACUUCGCAGAGUACGUCUCAAAGACGACCGGCGAGACGUACCCAGGCGGCAAGGUGGAGCGGGAGCUCGAGGAGGUGUGCGAUACCGCAGACGACUUCCUCGCCCUCGCCGCCGGCCGGGCGGUUCCGGUGCGCCCUGAUUGAAUCGCAAGAGGCCACACAGCGAGAACGUUGUCGCUUGUUUAUUGUAGAGUGUGGGGACGGCGUGCCAGAUUCGUUCGCGCAUCCCCAGGACUUCCCCUUGUGCAGUCGUUCGCACUCCCACAUCAGACGUACGAUUGUGUCACGUAUGUACCUGUGCGGAGUUUGACACGUCACC